AUGAAGCGUAAGAGCGAGCGGCGCUCGGCUUGGGCCACCGCGCCCCCCUGCUCACGCCGCAGCUCGUCCUCCUCCCCCGGCGUGAAGAAGAGCCGCAGCUCCACGCCGCAGGAGCUGCACCGCCUGGAGCAGCAGGACGACCUGUACCUGGACAUCACGGAUCGCCUUUGUUUUGCCAUUCUCUACAGCAGACCAAAGAGUGCGUCAAACGAACAUUAUUUCAGCAUAGAUAACGAGCUAGAGUAUGAGAACUUCUAUGCGGAUUUUGGACCACUCAAUCUGGCCAUGGUUUACAGAUAUUGUUGCAAGAUAAAUAAGAAGCUCAAGUCCAUUACAAUGCUGAGGAAGAAAAUUAUCCAUUUUACCGGCACUGAUCAGAGAAAGCAAGCGAAUGCCGCCUUCCUCAUUGGGUGUUAUAUGGUUAUAUAUUUGGGAAGGACACCAGAAGACGCAUAUAGAACAUUAAUCUUCGGAGAUACAGCCUAUAUUCCUUUCAGAGAUGCUGCCUAUGGAAGCUGCAGUUUCUACAUUACACUUCUCGACUGUUUUCAUGCAGUAAAGAAGGCAAUGCAGUAUGGCUUCUUUAAUUUCAACUCAUUUAACCUUGACGAAUAUGAGCACUAUGAAAAAGCAGAAAAUGGAGAUUUCAACUGGAUAAUACCAGAGCGGUUUCUUGCCUUCUGUGGGCCUCAUUCAAGAUCCAGGCUGGAAAGUGGUUACCACCAACAUUCUCCGGAGACUUAUAUUCCAUAUUUUAAGAAUCACAAUGUAACUACCAUUAUUCGUCUGAAUAAAAGGAUGUAUGAUGCUAAGCGCUUUACAGACGCUGGAUUCGAUCACCACGAUCUUUUCUUUCCGGAUGGCAGCACCCCUGCUGAGACAAUUGUCCAAGAAUUUCUGGAUAUUUGUGAAAAUGUCGAGGGUGCCAUUGCAGUGCAUUGCAAAGCUGGCCUUGGUCGGACAGGUACUCUGAUAGGCUGCUACCUCAUGAAGCAUUACAGGAUGACAGCAGCCGAGAGCAUUGCCUGGCUCAGAAUCUGUAGACCUGGCUCAGUGAUUGGUCCCCAACAACAGUUUCUGGUCAUGAAACAAUCAAGCCUCUGGCUAGAAGGUGACUAUUUCCGUCAGAAGUUAAGAGGGCAGGAGAAUGGACCGCUCAGAGAAGCCUUCUCCAAACACCUUUCAGAUGUUGAUGACAUUUCGAUAAAUGGGCUUGAGAAUCAAGACAAUGAAGAGCCUGAGCCGUAUAGUGAUGAUGAUGAAGUCAGUGGAGUGACACAAGGAGACAGACUUCGGGCCCUGAAAAGCCGGAGACAGCCGAAAGCCAGCGCUAUCCCCCUCACAUGUUCCCUAGCUGUGCUGACCUCUGCACUGUGUAGUGUUGCCAUCUGGUGGAUUGUGUGUGACUACAUUCUUCCCACCCUGCUGUUCUGUCUUGAUGGCUUCAGAACACAGUAGCCAUCUGGACCCUUUGACAGAUAGUUUGCUGUUCCAGCCAUUUCAAGGACUAAGACAGUCUUGCGUUAAAGUAGAAAAACCGGUGACCAGCACUCCAGGGAAGACUAGGAACAGAAAACCCCAAAAGGAUUUAGCCAAUCGAUCUGAGAACAAAGCAGACUCUGCAAUGGCCUUAGCUUCUUUCCACAAAAGAAGUUCAUUCAAUGAAGAACAUGUCACUGGCCUCUCAUCCACUCACUGACUCUGGGGUGUGGUUGACCUGUUUGAGGGCCUGACUCUCCCUUUUGUAAUCUCAAGUUGGACAAAAGCUGCCAUUGUGAAUUUAGUCUCAGGUGUCAAUGCCCUGUCCUCUGAGUGUGGUAUAUGUGUGUCCCUGUGAUGGCAAUCAUGUUCGCGCUGGCCUCUAGAGUGGAGGAUCUGAUGGAGAUCUCUUAGGUAUUUAUUUUUUUGUUCAGCCUGUGACCCCGACUUGCAAUUUAUAAAGAUGAAGGAGUUGAACAUCCCUCCAGUGGUACCCUCCAUCUUAAGGUAUGAUUUGGUACAAUCAGCUUCACUUUCCUCUUGUUAAUACUGUUGUGAUGUUCACUGUGUGAAGUACCCAAGCUGCUUGUGUUUCACCAAAGAGUGCUUUAUUAACAAUCUGUGAACACUGCAUUCAAACACUGUUGGAUGUUGUUGUGGUUCCUGAAAACCUGCCAGAGAAUGUUGAUGAGAGAGUUAGAACCCUUUCUCAGUUAAAUGGUUCCUACAUAUCCUUCCUUGUGUCAUUUAGGAUGAAGAUUUCAGAGUGGAGAUGUUAGGUUGCUCAGUCACAUGUUAUAAUUGUGCUUACUCCAUUACAUUAAAAACCAAGCAUUAACCCUAGCAUUUUUCUUUGGAAAAGCAUCCUAAAUAAUGGUGACUUUAAAAACAAAAUUGUGAGCCUUUUGGUAGUGGUACACGCCUUUAAUCCCAGCACUGGGAGGCAGAGGCAGGUGGAUCUCUGAGUUUGAGGCCAGUCAAUGACAUACAAGGAAGUCCUGUCUCAAAAACAAAACAAAAACCAACCCCCAAAUCCCAAAAUUGUUAACUCUUUGUAGAGUCUUUCUCUGUCAUGCUGUGGAGCUUUUCCCUUUUGGUUCACAGUUUGAUUUUAAUGACAAUCACUUGCUUCUGGAGUUAGGCUGUUUGUGUAAGAGACCUCACUGUUGCCUUUGGUUAGGGAAUAUGACUAGAAACUGUAGCGUGCCUUUUCUCUUCACCUUGCUGGAAGCCAGCAGUACCUGUGCCAUGAAGCAAUUGUAAAACCAGAAUUUAUCUGCUGCCAAAAACCAAAAAAACCCAAAAAACAGAAAAGACAGAGCCCAUAAUUAGAAAAUACUUUAUUGACUCUUCCAGUUUAGAAAGUGGAGAAAUGCAAUAUUGCAAGCCAUUGACAGCCAAUGCCUUCCUAAGACAGAUGAAUGUGUCAAGUGAGCAGGCAAUCCCACUUGAACGCUGCCUUUCUUGUAGUUGGUAUUAACAGAUUAAAGUCUAGUAAAUGUAAAAAUAUUGAAGGACAGUUGGGUCCCUCUUUCAAUGUUUCUAUCCUCAAAUUGCACUAACUGGCCUUGGAUUGGAGGCCUGAGGAUUCCAUGUAAAUCCACACAGAGAACCCCUUCCUAUGCAGCACAUAGCUUCCAAACAGUGGAGAAAGACAGUUAAGGUUUGUUAUCCCUGGAUAUGAAUGAGUUUAAGAUCUAGGUAGAAGGACAAAUGUUUCAUUUACCAAUAAUGCUAUAUCAAACUGCCUAAGUCUGAAAAUAGAAGCUUCUUGGGUGGUUCUUCCUUCCUUGAACAAGCCAGGCCAGGUACUUAGGAGACAGAAGACUUCAUUCCAUCUGAACUAAGCUAGAUUUGUUUUCAUGUAUCAGGAUGAGUGAAUAGGGCCUGCCCACAAUGACUCGUGGUCAGCAAGUUUGGAAGGAAACCACCUGGGCUUCAGAGAUGACCACAGUGCUUUUUAAAAGACACCUUUUUGUGUUGUCAGCUCCAUUCAGCUAGAAUUGCUGCCCUGUGGCUCCUCCCUGUGUUUAACUCCCUUGCUGAAGUUACUUAGGAAAUGAAACGUGAGUUAGUGAGGACACAUUCCCAGGAAAACCUACUUAUGUUGUCUGGGGAGGACUGCAUAGCCACUGACUGGUGACAUCCGGGACCCAGGAAGUCUUUGAUCAAACUAAUGGAAAGUCCUUUCUGUUGGGAAUUAAUGGACAACCUAUCCCCAAACUGCAACUACCCAGAAACGUCUGGAUAGAAGGCCCUGUUGCUAUAGAGCAUGAAUCAGUGGAUAUUGGAUGGAGGAGCCCCCUUUAACUUAAGAACUUUAAAUACCUUUGUAAGUACACCAAGUCCUCUUCCAGCAGAAUUUAAAUUAGAAAAGUAUAUUUAUAGGUGCCCUUGAUGCUUUUUGGGGAACUCAUACCAUCCAACUCAUACCAUCCGGAGUCCAAGAGAGGAAUGUCUGCAAAGCUGGGCUUCAGGACUUAUAGACAGAUUAAUACAGUUCUGAGGCCCAGCUAUAACUCUUGCUUUGGGGCAAGAAGGAUGGACCCUGAGCAGCACCACAUUCAAGGGUAGCAGUAUUUGUCUAAACCAACAUGGCCACGUGCUGCUCUUCUUCAUUAACUUCCGAGCUUUAACCUGACCCCCAAAACCUAGCCCUAUCCAUUGUCCUGCCCUGCCCUACUGCCCCCCUCUCAGGGGUGGCUUCUACCUCUUGGCUUGGGCCCUGACAGGUCAUAGAGGCUUCCCAAGUGUUCUCAUGAGGCUCUUUGAGCAUAAUCAGGUCUGGUAGACCUUUCCAGCUUUCUGGGUAGUUUGUGCCUGGAUUUCCUCAGGCCUUGAGUAGCUGUCUGUGACAAGUGAGUAUGUGUUCUAGAAACAUCAGCUGCUUUUCCUCAUAUAUUUUUUAAAAAGUUCUUACUUGCAUUUUGGAAAGCAGUUGGUCAGAAACCUUAAAACCUAUAUUUUUAGCUGGGCAGUUGUGGCAGGUAGAUCUCUGUGAGUUCAAGGCCUACAUGGUCUUCAGAGAGAGUUCCAGUAUAGUUAGGGCUACACAAAGAAACCCUAUCUCAAAAAACUGUCUGUUUUUUGAGGGUUAGGGUUAGGGUUAAAAACUAUUUUAAGAUUUCUCUCCCACUGAAGUGGCCUAGUGAGUGAGGAUAGCCACUGCUCUUGCAUUUCUCCAUAAAUCUGAGUGUUCCCCAAGUCACUGAGUGGAAAUACUACAGAUACGUUUAAAAGAUUGCCUAUACUGUGUAAGAAAUUACCUCCUUGAUGAUGCAGUAGAACUCACUGUGGAUAGACAUGUCUGUCAGAUUGUAGUACUGCAGUUUUACAUCCAUUGUUUGAAGACUUUAUUGUACACUCAUGUACAGAUGAAGCGGAGUUUUAAAAUGUUACUGAUGAGUCAGUAUUUGCUCAGCCAUUGUCUUGAUAUUUUAUUAAAUUGUAUAUUUCUAAUCAUAUUUUUUUAAAGCUGAAAGAACUGGUUGGAUGUUUAUUCUCCUGAAGGUAUUUUUAAGAUAAAGCUUCACGAUAGCCUGUAAACUUGGCACAUGUGUAGUUUUUGAUACUUUUUGUUGCAUUUGAAAAAUCUUGUGUAUUGUAAAAUGGUUUUAUACAAAAUACUAAAUAGUAGAAAUUGUAUAAUUUACAAUUAAAAAUGUUAAACAGUC